AUGAGGUUCUUCGUCUUCACCUGCCUUUUGGCUGUUGCUCUGGCCAAACAUGGGAUAAAGCAGCGCUCUGCCAGUGAGGAGAUUGUCAGCAUCUAUCAAGAAAAAUAUAAGCAGGAUAGUAAUGCGGCCAUCCGAACAAAUCAGGAAACUCCUACCGUUUCAUCUAGUGAGGAAUCUGUCGAAGUACAAACUGAAAAAGAUGAGCAUAUUGAGGAAGAAAAUGUCUAUCUAAAACAGUUGAACAAAAUCAAGCAAAUUUUUCAGAAAUUUUACAUUCCACAAUAUCCUGAAGUUUAUCAACAGCAGGUUGUUAUGAACCCAUGGAAACACGUUAAAACAACUACUUACCCUGUUCCCAUCCCGGAAACUACCAGGAUCCCCCAAGAGGAAAUUUUCAAGAAAAUUGUUGAGAUGAUCAAAUUCAACCAGCUUCACCAGUUUGUCACCCCCCAGUAUGUCCAGGCUCUUCAGCAUCGGGUAGCUAUGACCCCUUGGCAUCACGUAACCCCCUUCCACUCUUUUCCUGUUUUGACUUGCAGCCGAGUAAAGGGCCUGGUGUGUGUGAACCUCUGGAUCUCUACACAUGCGGAGCUGAAGAGGCAAUCCGCUACUCUGCACAGAGCAGUGCUAGUGAACCUCUGGAUCUCUUUGCAUUUGGAGUCGAAGAGCCAGCCCGCUAGUUUUUGCUACGCGGCACAAGGCGACGAUGGGAUCAAGAGGCCAGUGGAGCUGCUGUGUUGCUGCCGCCUCACCUAG